UCGACCUUUUUUCCGGUGUCUCCCGAACUAGCACCAACUGGUCGUGCACGUAACUUAAAAAUAAUCUUUAAUCAUCCCAGAAAAAUGAAGAUUUUCAAGGACAUCAUCACCGGUGACGAAAUGUUCUCUGAUACGUACAAAAUGAAAUUAGUAGAUGAAGUAAUUUAUGAAGUAUAUGGUAAACUUAUUCAGAGGACCCAAGGUGGUAUUGAAAUAGCUGGUUUUAAUCCAUCGGCGGAAGAAGCUGACGAAGGUACGGAUGAAGCCGUUGAAUCAGGCGUUGAUGUCGUUUUAAAUCACCGAUUGGCUGAAACUUUUGCAUUUGGUGAUAAGAAAAGUUACACUUUGUACCUUAAGGAUUAUAUGAAGAAAUUGGUUGCUAAAUUAGAAGAAAAAUCUCCAGAUCAAGUAGAAGUCUUCAAAACGAAUAUGAACAAGGUAAUGAAGGACAUCUUGGGAAGGUUUAAAGAUCUUCAAUUCUUCACCGGCGAAUCAAUGGAUUGUGACGGAAUGGUCGGGUUGUUAGAAUAUCGCGAAAUUAAUAACGAAUCAGUACCCGUUUUAAUGUUCUUUAAACAUGGCUUGGAAGAAGAGAAAUUUUAGUUCCCACCAAGAAAAAAAAAAAAAAAAAGAAAAAAAAUUUUUUGCUCUCAUUUUUUUUUGAUAAUCCAAAUCCAAUUUUAAACUAAUCCUAAAGUAAAGUAAAAAUCUGGUUCAUAUAAGAAAAAAGUCCGUAAAUAAUUUUUUUUAAGUUUUUUCUCCUUAUUCUUUUUUUUACUCUAAUUUAAAGGAAAAAUAAAAUAGAUGCAUUUAUAAUUUUAUAAAGCCUAAAAAAAAAACAAUAAACGCUGAAGAAAAAGGGAGAUACCAUUUAAA